AUGGCGACCGCUGUGACGAGACGGGCUACCAGCCGAGUCACCUUUGAAAGCGCUGAACAGGUCCGCAAAUGGGGCCGCUCUUGGCGACUUCGCAGGGAGGUGGAGGCCAUGGCCUAUGUCCGGCGCAAGACCUCCAUUCCCGUGCCAGCCAUCAUCGACGUCUGCUUAGACGAUGACCCCGAGAAAGAAGAUUGUUGGUUCGUCAUGGAGCGUCUUCCGGGAUGCCAGCUGGGCACCGCAUGGCCCGAGAUGGAUGACAAGGCACGCUCGGAAACCAUUCGCCAGCUCAGAUCGUAUCUGGACGAGCUCCAUCAACUCCGCCAUUCCGACCCUGGGUUCAUCGGGUCCGUAUCCGGGGGCCCGUCCUACGACCACCGACUGACCAACAUGCGCACCUGUGGGCCGUUUGCUUCCGUCGCCGAGUUCCACGAUUUUCUCGUCGCCCCCCGUCCGGGACUGCCCACGCCCCGAAUGGUUCGCCAAGUAUCGAAGCCAGUUUCCUGA